UCCCCUCAUCACUGAUCUCCCUUCAUCCCUCCAAUCCUCAUCUGUUUCUCAUAGGAGCGGUGGACAGAGUCAGUGACGGAGGAAUAUCCCCACUGUGUCUGAUACGAAAAGUGAAUGAGCGGGAGAAAGUGUAGUAACUGGAGGGCUGAACAUAUGCCAGCAAUAAAAAAAGAGACCCCUGGAGGAAGAGUGAGAACAAUCUAACCAAACAUCUUCUGAGGAUUCUCCUAAAUUGGAUUAUCAGCUUGCCUGUCGUCUCUCCCUGUCUCCACUGGUGACAGUGCCUAACAACCACUGCCAUGGGUGAAAUGGAGCAACUGCGAAAGGAGGCGGACAGCCUCAAAGACCAGAUCACUGCGGCCCGUAAAGCAGUGCAGGACACCACCCUGCAAGAGGCAGCAGCUGGGAUAACUGUGGUGGGGCGCGUCCAGCUGAAGACCAGGAAGACACUAAGGGGCCACCUUGCCAAAAUCUACGCUAUGCACUGGGCCACCGACUCCAAGCUGUGUGUCAGCGCCUCACAGGAUGGAAAACUCAUCGUGUGGGACAGCCUCACCACCAACAAGGUGAAUGCCAUCCCUCUCAAGUCAUCUUGGGUGAUGACUUGUGCCUAUGCACCGUCUGGGAACAUGGUGGCCUGUGGCGGUCUGGACAAUAUGUGCUCCAUCUACAAUCUCAAGGGCAAAGAUGGGAAUGUCAAGGUCAUGCGUGAGCUGGCCGCACACACAGGUUACCUGUCCUGCUGUCGUUUCCUUAGUGACAGCGAGAUCAUCACCAGCUCGGGUGACUGUACUUGUGUACUAUGGGACAUUGAGACAGGAACACAAAAGACCGUCUAUGCAGGCCACCUGGGAGACUGCAUGUCUCUGGCCGUAUCUCCAGACUUCAAGAUGUUCAUCUCAGGAGCAUGUGACUUCACGGCCAAGCUGUGGGACAUUAGGGAGGCCACAUGCAGACAGACGUUCGGAGGCCAUGAGAGUGACAUCAAUGCAAUUGGGUUCUUCCCCAAUGGCAAUGCAGUCAUAACAGGAUCGGAUGACGCCACCUGCAAGCUGUAUGACCUGCGAGCCGACCAGGACCUCAUCACCUACCAGGACUCCAGCAUCAUGUGUGGAGUCACCUCCCUGGCCCCCUCCCUGUCUGGGCGCCUGAUACUGGCCGGAUAUGACGAUUUCAACGUCAAUAUCUGGGACACGCUUAAGGCUGAGAGAGUGGGAGUGCUGGCCGGCCAUGACAACAGAGUGAGCUGUAUCGGAGUAUCUGCGGACGGGAUGGCGUGUUGCACGGGAUCCUGGGACAGCUUCCUCAAGAUAUGGAACUGAGGCUGUUCCUCACCAGCAAGCAGAAAGAGAGCAGGAGAGAGAGGGGGUUGUUAACAUCUGCCUGGGAGAAAGAGAGGAAGAUAACAAGAGAGGGGAGAAUUGGAGUUUUAGGGAGGGAUGAGGGACAAGGAGCCGCUUAGGGUGAGAAGAGGGUAUUUUUAACUGUGCCAAGUCCAAUCUAAUGUUGGAGAGGGGUUGUGAUAUGAGGGGGGAUUUCUCUUCUCUCUUCCACUUCUCUCUCUCACCUUUCUUCUCAAGUUAUGGGGGCAAAAUGGCACAGAUGGUGGGUGUCUGAAAAAAGAUCAUUCUUAUUUGUAGUGAAUUAUAUCACAGUUCAAAUCGAAUCCAUUCGAUUAACAUAUGCACAUGUCUUGCAGCAGGUGAAAGGAUUACCCAAUGAGAACAGUUGCCAAAUGGAAAUGGUAGACAUUGGAUGAGACAGAGUUAAAAAACAGGUCCAGUUAGAGCCUGUGUAGGUUCACACCAGCUAUACUGUUACAUUUUCUAUCAACCAGAAAUUAUGAUGUCACAAACUAUAUGAGCAUUUGCAUUUUAUUUCAAACUGCUGUUUGUUUGUAGCUUUGGUAGACUUCCCUAGAUACUGUAGCCCUUAUAUUUGCUCUCUUUUCCAUUUUCUAAAAUACACUAGACUGGAGUUAUAGUUUGCAAAUGUAGCCAAUACAUUAGUGUUCAAGAGUUGUUUUGUAUGUGUAUGCGAUAGACAAUAUUUACUGAGUUGGGGUCUUAUCUUUUGACAUACUCCCCACUAGUUAGACCUGAAAAGUGCUUUGAGUAAACCGUUGGAUUGACAGAUGGCAUAAUCAAAUGGGUCUCAUGGUUCACUGAGCACUUACAAAAAAAGAUGACCCAUUUAUAAUAGGACAUGGGGAGAUUUUGUAUGAGUGUGUAUAUGGAUAAUAAUGGUUACUGUAUGCAUAUGAGCAAUACAUGAAAGUCUGUAUAGAACAGCUUACCUUUUCCUCUUUGCAUGGUGCAAUGAUGGUUUAUGUACAUACAACAAUCUGCUUAAAUCUAGUUUUGUCAUUGAUUUCAAUAUUACACCAGCAAGCUCUCACUAGAAUUUGGACUGCCUUUCUUUCCAACUCUGGAUACACACUGUGCAUAGUAAAGCCAUAGUACCUUUCUUAAGACUUUCUAAUAAAUGUGGAACUCUGCAUUA